AUGCUCCUGCUGCUGAGUUCCCUGCUGCUGGCGGCCCUCGCCUCAGUUUGUGGCCGACCUUCCUACAGGUCCACCGGCCGUGUUGUCAACGGUGAGGACGCGGUUCCUUACAGCUGGCCCUGGCAGGUUUCCCUGCAGUAUGAGAAGGACGGGGACUUCUACCACACCUGUGGCGGCAGCCUCAUUGCCCCUGACUGGGUUCUGACUGCAGCCCACUGCAUCUCGAGCUCCCGGACCUACCAGGUGGUGCUGGGCGAGUAUGACCGGGCUGAGAAGGAGGGCCCGGAGCAGGUGAUCCCGGUCAACCCCGACGGCCUUUUCGUGCAUUCAGGUUGGAACUCCAACUGUGUGGCCUGUGGCAAUGACAUCGCCCUGGUGAAGCUCUCACACAGCGCCCAGCUGGGGGACACCGUCCAGCUCGCCAGGCUCCCGCCAGCAGGCGACAUCCUGCCCAACGAGACGCCUUGCUACAUCAGCGGCUGGGGCCGCCUCUACACCAACGGCCCUCUCCCGGACAAGCUGCAGCAGGCGCUGCUGCCCGUGGUGGACUAUGAACACUGCUCCCAGUGGGACUGGUGGGGCUUCUCCGUGAAGACCACCAUGGUGUGCGCUGGUGGGGACAUCCGCUCCGGCUGCAACGGUGACUCUGGAGGACCCCUCAACUGCCCCGCGGAAGAUGGCUCCUGGCAGGUGCAUGGUGUGACCAGCUUCGUCUCUUCCUAUGGCUGCAACACCCUCAAGAAGCCCACCGUGUUCACACGUGUCUCGGCCUUCAAUGCCUGGAUCGAGGGGAUCAUAGCUAACAACUAGAACCAAGGCCCAGCCGGCUGCGUCCACCUCCCGCCCUUCGCAAAGAAUAAAGAUCUCAGAAAGGCCCGAGUCUGUCUUCCUUCA